AUGACCUCUAUUCGAAUAAUAAACAACCUAGAGAUGAAUAAAGUUGGUGUUAAAAGUACUCUGUGGUUUCUGUAUAAGGCAUACAUUCAGGAUGCCGGCAGUCGUGAUGCCGGCAGUCUAAAUCCCGGAUGCCGGAAUCCCGACAUCAAUGGAAAUGCCAAUGACGGAAUCCUGACAGCUGACAUCCUGAACUUAAGUCUGCCAGGCACUAUUAAGAAUGUAGAAACAUGUAAUGUUUUAGAAGAAGAUCUCUUUUUCUUGUUUCACACCAAACAGCUCCUGUUCUAUAUGAAGAAGGUGAGGGUGAAAAUGAGUGAUGGGAGAGAACUUUACUUUGAUGAGCAUGGAGACCCUCCUGCCAUCUAUGACAUAGUGAACUGGCAGCUAAGCUCAGAGAACACCAUCCGGCAGGUCAAAGUUGGCAGUUAUGAUACCACGGCACCACCUGGUCAUGUUUUUACCAUAAACACAAGUUUUCUAUGGUGGACCUCUGAAAGCAAUCAGGUUCCUCUCUCCAUCUGCAGUGAGAGUUGUCCACCUGGUUCCUGGAAAGCAGCUAGAAGAGGCGAACCAGUCUGCUGUUUUGAGUGUGUCCCUUGUCCUCUUGGGGAGAUCACCAACAAAACAGACUCUGUGACUUGCAUCAAAUGUCCGUGGAAUCAGUAUCCGACUUUCCAGAAAUCCAGUUGUCUCUCAAAAGCUAUAGACUACCUAUCUUAUGAGGAUCCAUUUGGGACAUCUUUGGCUUCUAUCAGCAUCUUAUCAUCUUUGGUUCCAGGUUUCAUCUUGCUGCUCUUCAUCCAGCAUAAAUCGAGCCCAGUUGUGAAAGCCAAUAACUAUUCACUCAGCUGUCUUCUUCUGUUGUCUCUGUCCUACUGUUUCCUCUGCUCUUUAGCCUUCAUUGGUUACCCCCACCCAGAGAAAUGUUUGCUCCGUCAGGCAACAUUUGGCAUUGUUUUUGCACUUUGCAUCUCCUGCGUUUUAGCCAAAACAAUCACAGUGGUUUUUGCAUUCAUGGCCACCAAACCAGGCAGCAGACUAAGGAAAUGGGUGACACGAGUGCCCUAUAUGGUCAUCUCUAUUGGCUUCCUGUUCCAGUUCCUCUUGUGCACCACUUGGCUGUGCCUCACACCUCCAUUCCUUCAAUUCAGCUCAAAAACUCAAUCCAUAAUCAUCAUUGUUGAAUGUAAUGAGGGUUCUCUUGUGGCCUUCUGGUCUAUGCUGGGUUAUCUGUUUCUCCUGGCCACCAUUAGUUUCAUUGUUGCCUUCCUGGCUCGGAGACUUCCUGACACCUUCAAUGAGGCACAGUUUAUUACCUUCAGCAUGCUGGCCUUUCUCAGUGUCUGGGUGUCCUUCAUCCCAACCUCCCUCAGUGCUCAGGGUAAAUACACGGUGGCCAUGGAAAUAUUUGCCAUCUUGGCUUCCAGUUGGGCUCUGGUGAUAUGCAUGUUGCUACCUAAAUGCUUCAUCAUAUUAGUCCGACCACAGCUAAACUCUAAAGAGCACAUCAUGGGGAAACACAGAGACUACAAUAAGAAGAUUACAACAUGA